AUGGAUCCUCAGGCUCAAGAGUAUGUCCUGCAACGUGGUCGGCCUGCCAAUGGCGAAGUCUCCUCCGCUGGCCAUACUACCGCCGUCAGCAUGGCACGUUACUCUCACUUGGAAUUUGCAGAUUCCAUUCCUAGUGAGGAGAGCUACAUUUUCGACGCCAUCAGGGCAUACUCUACUUCGGAGGAGUGUUCGCAUCGACCGGGCUCAGCUAAGAAGAUCCACCGAGAUUUGGAUAGCAGAUUGGCAGCUCAACCAGUGCAGAGCACGGGGAUUCCACCCCCGCCAUGCCGAAACCCUCGAUCUUUGACCGAGAAAAAUACCUCGUCUCCUGGCUGGCAUCCUCAUCCUGCAGGUCACAGUCGCAUUCUGUCCGUCGACGAAGGGAAAGCAGUAGUGGCCUCGCCUCAGGACGGGUCGCUGAAACGAAACCUCUUUGACGUCCUACACCUUCCAAAAUCCGCCAGCCUCAAUGAUACCGAUGAUGCCUCCAAGUCCUCUCAAUGGCUUGAGUACGAGUGGUCAGCAAAUCCUGUCUAUCCUUCGUAUCCGCCUCCUGUAAGGUCGCCCACCCCCCCGGGACUCCCGACUUUCGGCACCCCCGAAGCUGUGAACUACUCUUCUCGCUUUCACGUACAGUCCGCCACCAUCAGUAAUGGUCAGAAUCAACAACACACCGCGGCGUCGUCGAGUAGAUCUUAUCAUAGUGGUGGUGGUGGUGCUUCCGAGCGCACGCGAACGGCGUCUUACGGAGACAAGAUCCGAAAGAUAUUCCGCUUUUCUUCCACGCCUCCACAGCCACAACGACUGGUACCUGCCGUUGCAAGGGCCGAGGAUGGAACGGCGGUGCAAGGUCGUUUCCCUUACCGGCAGAGCGGCCAUGGGGUUGGCGUGGUAAGGCGAAUGGAGGACCAUCCUUUCCACCAAAGGGCACUUUCGCCCCCCCGGGAGGAGAGCACCUCGAAUCACAGCAACCUCGUUCAACAAGACAGGAAACCGAAGAGAGAGUACAGCAGUACAAACGUUGCGCGGAAUGCGCCGUGGCGUCCAACACCGGCACGUAUAGGCCCGGGUGCCAGAGCCAGUCAUCAUUCGGCCUACGGUCACUUCUCUUCGGUCUCUCGCCUGCAGACCCCCGAUAGUCAUAGCCCACAUCGGCCUUGCUCAGCAAACACGGCGUACACUACAAGCAGGAUAGACUCGUUUCAUACGUGCGUGUCUCAACUAUUUAGCAAUCCGACUAAUCCGCAGCAACACCGUAUGAGUACGGUGGAUGACCAGGAGUCGGAGAUCACACAGCAGGAGUCUGCCGCCUGCUCCCUGAUCCCUACAGAAUCCCCCGCGGCAUCGGCUGAAGCAGAUCACUGCGCUCUAGCCUACAACACCCCGCCCGACUCGUGGCUGCAAUGUCCUCCGCUCGUUAGCUCUUGUCUCUCCUGUUGCUGGGGCGUCCGGCACGACCCGGACAGUGGUGUCCACUCCAAUACAUCUUCUCAUGAAACCUAUGAAACUGCUCGCAGCCACACGUCAAAUGAUGCUUCGGCAGCGCCGAUUCGGGGAGACCAAGAAGCGGAAGCGGAAGCGGCACAAUCAGCUCAGCACCCGAUGCAAUGGCUCUCGGAAGCGUGGCAGUUUGUCCAUCAAUUUGCAUUGCGCAAUGCCGUUGCCAUGGGCCGCUUGUUGAACUAG